CUCAAUAUAAUAACCCACGUCAGUCGAUUUUAAGAUAUAAAUAUAUAUGAAUUGCUCAGUGAUCGAUAGAUUGAAUUUGUAUUCAUAAAAAUUAAGUGUCAUCGAAGGAGAUAUGUUCGACGCCAAAUCUUUACUACUGUAUAGACAAGUAAAGAUCGAGUAGCUGAGUACAUACACGCGUGUUCAUUUACGCUUUGUUCGCUCUGUGCAUUACAGAAUUCGCAAAUGAUGCUUAACAUGAGGAUGUCAGUUGUCAUCAUACUGUUCUUCCAUUUUUCACAAGGUGAACUGAACUUCUUGAUUGAUGGAUCAACAAUAGAAUUAAAUGAAAAUGUGGUACUACAAUGCCAGGAUACAUCAAAAUCAAGAAGUAUCGCUUUCUCAUAUAAAAGUGAGACUGGCACAAUAUUUAACAACUUUGUCAGCUGCGUCAUGACACGUCCAUGCACAAUAUCAGAUUCUAUAAAGUAUAGCUCUCAGAAGAAUGAGACAAACGCUGCUUUCAACGAGUUUAAUGCCACUAUAAAGAGUUUUUCAAAUAGUUCCUUUGGAUGCUACAGAUGCCAGGAUUUGACUGACACAUCAAUAUACUCUGAGCAUUGCAUACCAUAUAAUGCAAGUUUGACAGAGAAGUGUAGCAGUAUUAUUAAAUGUGGAGACUCAAAUGUGGAAUGUAAGGACAAAAUCUGCCGGUGUAAAUCCAGCUUCACAGCAUCAGGAAGUGUAUGCAUACCAAUAAGGCUGAUAUGGAUUGUAACCAUCUUAAUGCAUGUGAAUUUGGUUUGGUCAGUGAUCAUGGACUUGCUGCUGAUCGAAUGUAAAGGGUCCAUCAAACUGGAUGAGCUGAAAGAAUUAGCAUGUGGAUUGCUUGUAAUCGACCUUAGCCCAUAUACACUUGGGCUCAGCUUUUUGGUGCUGGUCUGUUGUCCAGGAAAACCCGGCCCUGUCAACAACCUCAAAGGCAGCCCAGAAUCGAAGAAGAUCAAGGCUGAAUGGACAUCUCCAGAAGACCCAGGAGACGAUCCUGAGCCUCUACGCUACAGGGUGUCAUGUCAGGAGUUGUCUUCCAUCAAGUGUGUUCACAUCAUGCCCCUUUAG